AACUCACAACCCACCUCCUUUUGUUUGGUCUGUCGUCUUGCGCUUGCCAAUGGAGUCACCAAAGCCCUUCUCGCUAGGGUCCCCUAACUCACUCCUCUCUCUAUGCUCCUUCAUUCACCAACACUGUCACCGGCUCGGCGCCGAGCUCGCCACCCGACUCGCUGCCACCUGGCCCAGGCCGACGCCUGCGGAGAAGCGCUGCCGUCUACCUGCUUUGCCUUUCGCCUCUGUCUCGCAUCGCGAGGCUCGGCAGGGCAGGCAUACCUUCGACAUCGCUUUGAACUCCGACUACGUUGCCAAGACUCUCACCGGAACGUCGGUUUACACCGUCAGCAACUCCAACAAUGAGUUCGUCCUCAUCUCCGACCCCAAUAGCCUCAAAUCUAUCGGGUUGCUUUGCUUUCGCCAGGAAGACGCCGAAGCCUUUCUCGCUCAAGUUCAGUUGCGGAAGAGGGAAUUGAGAAGCAAGGCUAGAGUUGUUCCCAUUACACUUGACCAGGUUUACAUGUUGAAGGUUGAAGGAAUUGCAUUCCGAUUCUUGCCUGAUCCUGUCCAAAUAAAGAAUGCAUUAGAGCUAAAAGCUUCAGAUACCAAAAGGGGAUUUGAUGGAGUUCCUGUUUUCCAGUCGGACCUUCUGGUGGUGAAGAAAAGAAAUAGACGGUACUGCCCAAUAUAUUUCCGAAAGGUUUGUUUGACAAAUGGAGGAAGAUAUAGAAAAAGAACUUUCAACAGUCUCAAGAGCAAGGGGACCAGGGGCUUCUCAACAUAUCAUGGUGGGAAGUCUGGAAGAUGUUCUUAGAAAAAUGGAGAUGAGCGAGAAGAACUCUGGCUGGGAUGAUUUAAUUUUUAUUCCACCCGGUAAAAGCCAUUCUCAGCACAUUCGAGAAGUGGCAAAUGCAUGAUCUUUCGAUGCGGGACUUCCACUGACCAUAAGAGUGAGUGUGCAGAAGAAAGCAAACACAGUGCAUGUUUAAUGGCCUUAGCUCUCAGGUUGGCAACUCUCUGUCUCUUUGCCUGUAUGUGUGUUGAAGAUACGAAUUUCCUGGAAGAUCAAAUGUGGUCUGGAUACAGGAAGAUACAGAGGUGAGACCAUAAACUAACAUGUGAUUCAGGGACGAGCUAUCUUAAAAUUUAUUUUUCAAGUCUAGAUGUAAUGUGUUUUUGUACAUUUGAUCGUUCCGAUGUUCUUUCAGACUUGUAGUACGGGCACAACAGUUGCCCCCCGCACACUAGCAUUUGUUUCAAAGAAUAACAGAUAUGAUGAAUUGCAAGUUGACUUGCACAA